AUGCCUAGAACAGAAGGAUCCAAAGAAGAGUCCAAGUGGAGAGAUAUUUGUACAAUACAACCUACCAUCAUAUCACACGCGAAGUUCCUGAACCGAUCAAGUUCAACACUGAUUGCGAAAACAAUUAUCAACUCAGCGAUAGGCUAUAAAGAAAGCACUUGUUUUGAAGUAAAGGUUAGCCUCCCUGAUUUAAAGAACUCCGACGUCGACCCCGAUUACGCCAACGUGACGCUAUUGUAUAGGCUUACGUACGAGAGUAUACAACACCACCAUCCAAUGGUAGAGAAGUAUACUUUUGCCAUUCCAAAACUUACAUGCAAAGGUAUGACGGAUUGUCCACUACUUACCGAUUGGUGUUAUUACGGGAAAGAUGUCUGUAAAGGUAACACGGACACCUGCGUGAACAAAUAUUUUCCCAAUCAGAAAGCAAGUGGUUGCUUUACGACGUUAAGUCACGAUGCAGAACUUUGUACCGGACUCACCGUACAGCCUCAGUCUUAUAAACGAUAUGUUGCCUACUACGCCGGUGUUCCGGAAACAUUUGCACAUUUUAAGCUUCAAGUUUUUGACGCUAACACCGAAGAGACAAUUGACAAGACGCGGUAUUUUGUUGUUAACCUCAACCAAGGUGUACAAUCUCAAGCUGAUAGUAUGAUACGUUUAGAUGUUCAGAGUGCUGGGCCCACUCAGGCCAUUCCAAUCCAAAUGUAUUUCUCUGAACUUGGGUCAACGGAGGUGCUUACAAAAAUCCCAAUGAACAAUCUCAACGAAUGGGAUUUGGACAAACUAGGUUGGUUCAAAUACCAAGAUAAUAAAUUCAUUUUUGAUAGAACAAAACUAUUUGAGGCAUAUGGGGCAAGAAUAACCUGGGCGCCAUCGAAUGAAUUUACAUGGUGGUUUGACGGGAAGUACGUAGCCUAUAGGGACAAAGAUGAUGUCAUUGGUGACGCGGAUACAGUUGGAAAUGUGUAUGAUUUUGUAGAUGACGCCGUCGCAAUUGAUCGCCAUGUUAUAGUUACACAUCGUGAAUCUCCACGUAUGGACAUAUUUCUAAUGCUUAACGAGCUUAACGACGUUCUUUUUCAUUUUGAUCAGUCCAGAAUGACAGAUUUUAGAGCAAGUAUAGCCCAAGAUAAGUAUUCAAACAAGGCGUUGGUCGUAACAUUUUAUAGGACAUCCGGGACUGUAUUAGGGCACAUCCGGGACUCUUCAAAUCAAGACUCUCCCAUUCAGACGAGGUUGAAAUUCUAUGUGGAUUCUAUCAGCGUUGUAAGUGACGUCAGAAAAUACCAUUCCAUACCAAGCGACAUAGACUAUGACUGUUACGUAUGCUUACAUCCUCUUUCCAAACCAGAAAGAGAAAUAUGUAAAAUAGCACGCUACAGAUCAACACCACUUUUAAAGUUCACAAUCCCUUAUAACACCAAGACUAAAAGAACAGGAAAAAGUGACGCAACUGAAAGUAGUGCAACUUGGAAUUGGUUAAAAUAUAUCAAUCCGCGUGAAUGGCUGAAUGGAAUUGAUGAAGCUGCAGAGGUUAUUGUUAUCACAUUCGAAAUCAUCAUUUGGGUCAUCAUUCUCGUCAUAAUUAUCAUCAUUGCGAGAUGUUUGUGUGGUUUAUGCAAGUGUAUUAGCUGCUGUACUAGAUCAAAAAAGACUGAAAGAAGUCAUCCAAAGUAUGCGAAGUGUAGGCAGGUGGGAGAGUUGGUAGAGAUGUGGAACACUCGUGCACCAGUACGCAUGAAACACCCUUCAACACGUCCCAAGCCAACGCACGCCGCCAGUAAAACAAGUUUUGGAGCGUCUCCAUCUUCAACACACGACCUACAUGUAUAG